AUGGGUGACAUUGAAAGGCAGCUCAGAUGGGCACUGAUAUGUGGCAUUAAUGUGCACUGGUAUGUGGCACUGAUGGGCACUGGCACAGGCAGGGGCGGACUGACAACUCAUGGGGCCCCCGGGCAAUAGGGGAUCAUGGGGCCCCUGUGUCCUUGCCCAAACUCAAAAAAGCCUAUGAAAAAGGUAGCAGGGGCAUCUCAUGGGCCCCCCUACUGACCCUGGGCCCUUGGGCAGUGCCCGAGUUUCCAAAUGGUCAGUCUGCCCCUGAG